ACUACACGUUUGCUGAAAUGCUUCAUCCAACUCUCUUUCUUAUAUGCUGAGGCCUGCUUCUGGGCUGGCCUAGAUUCCCGUGGUUUCUCUUGGGACUACUUGAGACCCACGUAAGGAAUUGCGGCUUUGCAGGAAAACCAGUCCCAGAAUUUUAGUAUCUCCACUCAUUUCCUUUUGCUAAAAAAAUGGGAUUUCUUUCAGCUCAGAAUCUGAAAAGUUGGGCGGCAGGGGAUUUGUAUAUGCAGAGGCGUAAAGUUCAUGUUUUUGUACGGACCCUUGAUGAAGGAAAGUAUCGUUUGGAACUACUUGAGAGCAAUCUAAGGAUUUGUGCUGGGAAUGCUAUUCCUAUGGUUUUUAGGGGCUAUUGACACCUCAACCUACUGAAAAAAACAUAGGAUUUCUUGCUCAGUUUAUGUAUGUAUCUCUCAAUUCUCAGGUCAUAUGCCACUGUUCUAUACCAGUGAAAUUAUCUGACAUUUGUUUCUUAGUUACGUCUGUGUUUAGGAUGGAUAAGUUCGUGUACUGGAUGUAAAAUUGUUAAAACUUUUUGCAUCUCAAGGGAGCUUCCCGAGAAUUUGUCUCUUGCCCAUUUGAAUCAAAUUAGUCCUAUUUUGAAGGGAAUACUAUUGGGAAAAGAUGACAGAUGGUGGGAAAAUGUGGUGUUUUCCGUAUACAUUUUCGUGCCUUCCUAGUCCAUCUAGAGAUGAACAUCACCGAAUUGGGAAGAAGGGUUACUCGUGGGUUGUUCAUUGUAAUGAUCCAGAUAACCCUGAAAGAACUAACCACAAGGAUAAUUAUGUCCAGACCACCAAGUAUACAGCAGUUAAUUUUAUCCCCAAGUCCUUGUUUGAGCAAUUCAGGAGGGUCGCAAAUAUAUACUUUCUUGUAGUGGCUUUUGUCUCAUUCAGUCCUCUAGCCCCAUAUACGGCUAGUAGUGUUCUGUUUCCCUUGAUAGUCGUUAUUGGUGCAACAAUGGCCAAAGAAGGUGUAGAAGACUGGAAACGCAGGCAACAGGAUGUCGAAGCUAACAGCAGGAAGGUUUUAGUUUGUACGAGUAACCACGGGUUUGAAGAAACUAUGUGGAAGAAGAUACAAGUUGGUCAGCUUGUUAAGGUUAAGAAAGGUGAAUAUUUCCCAGCUGAUCUUAUUUUGCUUUCAUCGAACUAUGAAGAUGGGAUUUGCUAUGUUGAAACUGCAAAUCUUGAUGGAGAGACCAAUCUGAAGGUGAAACAUGCUCUGAGUGAAACAGCUUCUGUCCACGACUUUCAGAAAUUUAAGGCAAAGAUCCAGUGUGAGGACCCUAAUGAAGACCUUUAUUCCUUUGUUGGCACUCUCUAUUAUGAUGAUCAGCAACCACGACCACUUUCAGUACAUCAGUUGCUUCUCAGAGGUUCUAAAUUACGGAAUACCGAUUACAUCUAUGGAGUGGUUGUUUUCACUGGUCAUGACACAAAAGUCAUGCAAAAUGCCAGGGACCCUCCUUCUAAGAGGAGUGCAAUUGAGAAAAGAAUGGACAAAAUAAUCUAUAUCCUCUUUGGUACAUUGAUUAUGAUAGCUUCUUUUGGGUCCAUCUUUUUUGGACUGUGGACUAAGAGAGACCUUGACAAUUGGGGGUUCAAGAGGUGGUAUCUAGAACCAGACAAAGCUAAUGUGUUGUUUGAUCCAAAAAGAGCUUCACUUGCUGCGUUUCUUCACUUCCUGACAGCCCUUAUGUUGUAUGGAUAUUUAAUUCCAAUUUCACUAUAUGUUUCUAUUGAAAUUGUAAAGGUUUUACAGAGCAUCUUCAUCAACCAAGAUCAGGAAAUGUAUUACAGGGAGAUGAAUAAGCCUGCGCAUGCACGAACCUCUAAUUUGAAUGAAGAACUUGGACAGGUUGAAACGAUACUCUCUGACAAAACAGGCACUUUAACAUGCAACUCUAUGGAGUUUGUUAAAUGUUCAAUAGCAGGAGCUUCUUAUGGCCGUGUUGUGACAGAAGUGGAGAGAGCCAUGGCAAGGAGAAAAGGGAAUGAGCGUCCUGAAAAGCUUAAUACUUAUAUUGAUCCACAAGUGCCAAACUCUCAUAACUUCACCACAGCCAAAUCAAUAAAAGGCUUUAAUUUUCAAGAUGAGCGCCUAAUGAAUGGUCGAUGGGCUAAAGAACCUCAUGCAGACGUGAUACAUAAAUUUUUUAAUGCGUUGGCUAUUUGCCACACUGUCAUCUCUGAUGUGAAAACACCAGGUCAGGUAUCUUAUGAGGCAGAGUCACCCGAUGAAGCUGCUUUUGUUGUCGCAGCUAAAGAGCUCGGAUUUGAGUUCUCUGGAAGAACACAAACUAGUAUUUGGUUGCAUGAAUGGGAUCAAGAAGGUUCCAAACGGAUUGACAGAUCGUACCAGCUCCUUCACCUCUUGGAGUUCAAUCCUGCAAGGAAGAGAAUGUCUGUGAUUGUUAGAACUCCUGAAAACAAAUUGUUACUCUUGUGCAAGGGUGCAGACAGUGUGGUGUUUAGAAAGCUUUCAAAAAAUGGACGGCUUUUUGAGGAAAAAACUAGAGAACAUAUUGAACAGUACGCCAAUGCAGGACUGCGAACAUUAGUUAUAGCAUACCGUGAGCUUGGUGAAGAAGAGUUCAAAUCAUGGGAAAAAGAGUUAUUAAGUGCUCAGGUAUCUUCAGAUGAUAGAGAAGCUUUAGUGGAUGCUGCUGCUGAUAAAAUUGAAAGGGACUUAAUUCUCCUUGGAGCCACAGCUGUUGAGGAUAAACUUCAAAAAGGGGUUCCCGAAUGCAUUAACAAGCUGACGGUUGCUGGGAUUAAGAUAUGGGUCUUAACUGGUGAUAAGAUGGAGACAGCAAUCAAUAUUGGGUAUGCUUGUAGUUUACUGAGACCAGACAUGAAGCUAAUUAUAAUUAGUCUGGAUUCUCUGCAAAUAAGUAGCUUGGAAAAUCAAGGAGAAAAGGAUGCUGAGGCUUUAAGAAGGGUAACAGCACAAGUAAAUGAUGGAAUGACUCAAACUGAAUCAAGUCCAAAGUCGGUUGGUUUGAUUAUCGAUGGAAAUGCACUCUCUUAUGCUCUCGAGGAGUGUAUGAGGAAGCCAUUUUUGGACCUCGCUUUGAAAUGUGGAUCUGUUAUAUGCUGUCGCUCUACGCCUAAACAAAAAGCUCUUGUAACAGCGUUGGUGAAAGGAACAGGUGGGAGGACACUGGCCAUUGGUGAUGGGGCAAAUGAUGUCAGCAUGCUUCAAGAAGCUGAUGUUGGGGUCGGCAUAAGCGGGGUUGAGGGGAUGCAGGCUGUCAUGGCAAGUGACUAUGCAAUAGCACAGUUCCGUUUUCUAGAACGGCUGUUGUUGGUUCAUGGUCACUGGUGUUACCGCAGAAUAUCAAUGAUGAUAUGCUACUUCUUUUACAAGAACCUCACAUUUGGGUUUACCCUUUUCUGGUUUGAGGCUUUCGCUUCUUUCUCUGGGCGGGCUGCUUAUAAUGAUUGGUAUAUGUCACUCUAUAAUGUAUUCUUCACUUCACUUCCUGUGAUUGCUAUCGGCGUUUUUGAUCAGGAUCUCUCUGAUCAGCUCUGUCUUCAGCAUCCUAUGGUCUACAAGGAGGGGAGCCAGAAUAUGCUCUUCAAGUGGUACCGAAUUCUCGGGUGGAUGUUGAAUGGAGUUCUAUGCGCCACGAUCAUCUUCUACUUAACAACCAGCUCCAUCUUACACCAAGCAUUUCGAAAAGAUGGUCAACCCGUGGACUAUGAAGUCAUAGGAGUGAUGAUGUAUUCUUGUGUGGUGUGGACAGUCAAUUGCCAAAUGGCACUCUGUAUCAACUACUUCACCUGGAUCCAACACAUCUUCAUAUGGGGAAGCAUCGCCGUCUGGUAUUUGUUUUUAGUCGCUUAUGGCUCUUUGCCGACCAACAUAUCUACAACUGCCUACCGGGUUUUUGUGGAAGCUUGCGCCCCAAGUCCUUUAUAUUGGCUCCUCACCCUUCUUGUUGUCAUUUCUACCCUCUUACCAUAUUUUUCAUACCGGGUUUUCCAGUCCAUCUUCCGACCCAUGCCUCAUGAUCUUGUUCAAUACUUGGAUCGCCAGGGGAGGUCCGAGAAGCUUGGGGUUGAGCACUGAGACUACGUAAACUCUUCAACAGAGGUAUUUGUGAAGGCUAUUUGCGGGGUCAAACCGCAUAUUCUUUCCUUAUACAUUUUCAUUAUCGUUUAUAAAACAAAAUAGCUUAGUCACAUCUUGUUUUGUAGAAUUUUUUUUUAUAUAGAUUGUAGAGUCAUUUGUCAGGUCAAAUAGUUUACUUCUUUCUUUUAUACAAUGCAAUGAGCCAAAGGGCUGAUAAAUAUAUAACGUGUCAUUAC